ACACGUUUUGCGAUUUUAGCACAAGAUAUGUUCCUGAAAAUAUCGAAGGCAUUCGCCUUAUUAUCGGAUGUGACAGCACGGGCUGCGUACGAUCAUGUUCUGGCAGCUAAGACAGCGCGUAAGGUCUACAUCCAACGAAGACAACAAGAAGGGAGCGAGAAACGUCGAAAAUUACGCGAAGAGCUGGAAAGGCGAGAAGCUGACGCUGCUAGUGCUCGGAAGAAAGAGGAGGAUGCCAAUAAGCAAUUAGAGAAAGAAAUUGAGCGUCUGCGAAGAGAAGGCUCUAAAUUACUGCAGCGUGAGAGGGAAAAUGUAGAGCGAGAAAUCCAUGGAGACACUGCAAUGAAGCAAAGUUGCAGUAGUGAGACGCCAUUUACUCGAUAUAAACUGCGGUGGAAACGAGGAGUUGGUAUAAGUGGUUAUUAUGAAGAAGAUAUCCGCCAGUUAUUUUCUAAGUACGGAGACAUUUCGAACGUUGUUUUAUCAAGUGGUGACAGAGGCUCUGCGAUUAUUGAAUUCAGUAAACUGAUGGAUGAGGAAGGAAUUUUAAAAGAAAGCGAACAUGCAUUGACUUCCACGCAGUUUGCUGAUUUUGAAGCCGAAGUUCUGACAACACUGGCGGCUGGAACAAAAAGAAAAGUGAAAAAUACAAAGAGCAAAUUUGACGAUUUCUGA